UGUGCAAGAAUAACAUUUGGCCGCGGCGUCUAGAAAGUGCCCGCAAGUGUUGUCCAGUAUAAGUGCCAACUGUCUUGUCAGUCACCAAGGAUAAAGCAACAUGAGAACGUUUCUGUUCGCGGUGGUUUCUGUCCUUUCGAUCUCUUUCGCUCUUGGAGGAGUAUUGGUAGAGGAUGCGCCAGCAUGUCCGGAACAACACGGCGUCCAGGCAUACGCCCAUCCGGAGUCCUGCAACCUGUUCUUCCUUUGCACCAACGGAACGCUGACCGUUGAGACCUGCGAGAACGGUCUGCUGUUCGACGGGAAGGGUGCCGUGCACAACCACUGCAACUACAACUGGGCCGUCGAUUGUGGAAACAGGAAGGCCGACUUGACCCCAAUCAGCACCCCAGGUUGCGAAUACCAAUUCGGAUUGUACCCUGACAGUGAAGGAUGCUCGACUCACUACAUCAAAUGCGCAUAUGGAGAGCCAAUUCCACAGGAAUGUGAACCUGGUUUGGUGUACGACGAACGCAUCCACGGAUGCAACUGGCCCGAUCUCUUAUUGGAGAAAUGCAACCCAGAAGCUGUUGUCGGCUUCAAAUGCCCCACCAAGGUACCAUCCGGCAGCCCGUCCGCCAAAUUCUGGCCGUUCCCCCGUUUCCCCGUGCCCGGAGACUGUCACCGUCUCAUCACCUGCGUGAACGGCCACCCGCGUCUCAUCUCCUGCGGCGAGGGCAAGGUGUUCGACGAAUCGUCCCUGUCCUGCGAGGAACCCGAACUGGUGCCGCACUGCGCCAACCACAUUAGAAAAUAAUUUUACCUUAACCCGCUAGAGGUUUCUGUUUGUGAAUGUAUUUGAAUAUUUCAGGUGAAUUCGCAAAUUUUACGAAAAAGAAUUUUAGAAAAAUGUCUCUUCAAAAACAUUAUUUGUGUAUUAAAUUAUUGACGCCGUUUUGUAAAUAUUUUUUUUUGUAAUUUCCAGGUUAAGUAAUAAAUCUGUACAGUUCUAGAA